UUGGUUUUAAGUGAAUGCAGAAUGAGUGGAGUUGUGGUGAGCGGUGUGAGAAAACUGAGCACCAUCUCAGAGAUUGAUGUUGAUCCUGCUGCUGAAUCUUCAGGAGAGAUUAAAUGGACCGAAUCCAUGACUUCAUUCUGCUCCUGUGGAAAUCCCACUGAAGACAGCAGCACAUGUACUUCAUUUGAGUCCAGUCAACCUGACGCUGCAGAGGAUUGUGCCACCGUCCUCCUGGCCUGCCUUUACUGCCACUUCUUUGAAUUCAUAGCCCUGCUGCCCGAUGCCUGUGAGAGAGCCUUUCACCGCUGCUUUCCCUCCUACAUGUAUUACAUCACCUCCACUGAGCAGAACAAAUCCAAAGACUGCUGCAACUGGAACCUGGAUUGCGACUGCAGUGUGAUGAACUCUUGCCAUGAGACCAGCGAGUUACUUGAGCUGGCUAUGGAGAUCUCAGAGGUCUGCUACCGCUAACAGUCUCAUAACUCAAUCACAUACCUGAAGGUUAACCUGUAUGAUGAGUACAGGAUAU